AUCAAUGUCCGACAGUCACUCAAUCCAUCAGGACUGCAACAAUUUUUGACUGUGAUUCUGUGAGAAGGAGCAAAGCCUUUUGGUUCCUGUUGGAGCAUGUCUUCGGCAUCAAUGGGACUGGAUGAGAGACCCUACUGUUGCAGCGCACUGAUUGUGGAACCUGAAGCAGUUAUACGGGCUAGAAAGAGGAACUCACGGCAGGGAAGGGCUGUACAUGCGUUUGUGUGCAACUGAAGCUUCAGCCAUGGAGAAACCUGCUGGAUCACACCCCGUGCAGAAACUGUGGAAGUGUGGCGACUGCGGAAAAGGCUUCCGUGUCCGGUCUUUCCUGGAGACUUAUCGGCGCAGUCAUACUGGGGAGAGGCCAUUCACCUGCCCUGAAUGCAGAAAGGGCUUCAGCUUUUCCUCUGACCUGGUGAGGCACCAGUGGGUCCACACCAGGGAGAGGCCAUUCCCCUGUCCCGAGUGCGGGAAGGCCUUCAGCAAUUGCUCCGACCUGCUGAGGCACCAGCGGAUCCACACAGGGGAGAGACCGUUCCCCUGCCCCGAGUGCGGGAAGGCCUUCAGCAAUUCCUCCAACUUGCUGAGGCACCGGCAGGUCCACACCAGGGAGAGGCCUUUCAGCUGCCCUGAGUGUGGGAAGGCCUUCAGCAAUUCUUCCACCCUGCUGAAGCACCGGCGGGUCCAUACUGGGGAGAGACCAUUCCCCUGCCCCGAGUGCGGGAAGGCCUUCAGCGAUUCCUCCCACCAGCAGAUUUACACGGGGGAGAGGCCGUUCUCCUGCCUCGAGUGUGGGAAGAGAUUUACCCAGGCCUCCAACCUGCUGACCCACUGGCGGGUCCACAUGGGGGAGAGGCCGUUCAGCUGCCCCCUGUGCGGAAAGGACUUCACUCGCUCCUCCCAUCUCCGGAGGCACCAGCGAGUUCACAUACCAUCGCAGGGGGAUUGAAGGAGCGACGGCCGAGUGCCAGUAUCGACUGGACUGUCAACCCAGUUCCAGGGAUCCCGGGUUUGAAUCCCACUGCAGCAGAUGGCGCUAUACAGGGUAUGGGUUGAAAUUGCUGAGUGAGUCAAUACUUCCUCCAGGUUAAGGCUGUACCAAGGAUCCAAUUACAAAGGGACAACUCAGUGGUGACCAAUAGUAAAGAAAGUGGUUGGGGGUGGGGUGGGGAGUGUGCGCGCUUUGACUUUGAACUGUUUAAAAAGCUACUUUCUCUCGGCCUUUUUGCUGAGGGGAUCUGAAGCUGUAAUAAAGU